AUGUUUGGCAAAACUAUAGCGGGAACGAUUACGCGCCAAUCGGUCGCGGCGGUACGCGCUCCCCCCAGGUGUGCCAUCCGGUUCCGGCGCGGCUCCUCGACCGGGACGGAGGUGGACGGGGACGAGGUAAUUGGGGCCCUGGACUCCUCACAGCGCCCCCGGCGCGCUUCGCUCUACGUACACUGGCCCUACUGCCUGCGAAGGUGUUCCUAUUGCAACUUCAACAAGUACAUCCUCAGAGGCGACAACGGCUCCAGCAUGACUGAGUGCCUUCAACGAGAGACUGAGACGCUGUUGGGGCUGAGUCAGGUAUCCAGCAUCACAUCGGUGUUCUUUGGCGGUGGAACUCCAAGUCUGGCCCACCCCUCGACCAUCGCCGCGGUGCUGGAGUCUGUUUCGAAACGUGCUAAUAUCUUGGACAAGGCCGAGGUCACACUUGAGGUCAACCCUACCCCGGAGGGAAUGUCUAAGUUAGAGGACUACUGCCGUGCUGGGGUGAACCGUUUCUCCAUAGGUGUGCAGUCUCUGCAGGAUGAAGACUUGAAAUUUCUCGGGAGAGACCACAAUUCCCAGCACGCACUGCAGACUCUCGCAGAGGCUCGAAGGCUGUGCCCCGGCAGAGUGUCGGUGGAUGUCAUGUUCGGACGACCCGGACAGAGCGUGGAAUCCUGGGAGAGGGAAUUGUCUGAGCUGCUGUCGGUUUGCGACGACCACGUGUCUCUGUACCAGCUGACUCUGGAGAGAGGCACUCAGCUGUUCAAGCAGGUCCAACAGGGGGAACUGGCUCUGCCUGCUGACGAUGCCACUGCUGUUAUGUACCAGUUAGCCAGGAGGAUGCUGCAUGAGCGUGGCUUUCUGCAGUACGAGGUGUCGAACUUCGCUAAACAUGACGCUAUCAGCCAUCACAACAUGAGCUACUGGAAGGGGGAGCAGUAUGUUGGCGUGGGCCCAGGAGCACAUGGGCGCUUUGUUCCUCUGGCGGAAGGAGGUGUGGUUCGGGAGGCCCGGACCCAGACCCUGGAGCCCGAUGUCUGGAUCCAAGAAGUUCGUCGGAGAGGGCACGGGACACGGAGGAGGAUCCCGCUCAGCCAUCUUGGACUAUUAGAGGAAGUGUUGGUGAUGGGCCUGAGAAUGACAGAAGGCAUUACUCACAAGCAUUGGAAAGGGUUCAGCCCUGAAGCGGAUCUUCAGACAGUCUUCGGUGGGUCUGUGGAUGACCAAGAGUUGCUGUCGAACGGACAACUCGUCCUUGAUGACAGGGGCCUACGCUGCUCCUGGGGAGGACUGGCCCUUCUGGACAGCAUGCUGCCAACUCUGCUACUAGCACUGGAAAACCAUAUUACCCAGAGACUGCAGAGAGAUCAGUUGAUUGAUGGACAGAGCUAUCAAACCUUUCCGCUUUGAUGACAGAACAGACAUGGAGCAGCUACGAACAGAAAGAGCUCCAUUUUUGUUUUGGUCAGACUGACUUGACUGACAAGAGAAAAAAAGGAUGGGCAUCCGAGUGGCAUGGCGGUCUAUUCCGUUGCCUACCAACACGGGGUUCGCUGGAUCGAAUCCUUGUGUUA